AUGAAUAAUAUCGAUUCAGUGGAUCCUGCUCUUCUUCGAUCAGGUCGAAUAGACGCUACCAUCGAGGUAGGAGUACCUGACGAUCAAGAACGUCUUCAAAUAUUUAGUAUAUAUACAAAACCAUUACUUCGUAAUGGAAUACUACAAGUUGAUAUCGAUAUCAAUUACAUUAUUCGCCAUUGUGAAGGAUUUACACGUGCUCAAAUAGAACAUAUUAUACGUUUAGCUAUAUACAAUGCAAUGCGUCGUGAUAUUGUGGAUAAAAGACGUAUUGAGAUUACGUACGAAGAAGCUGAUCAGUUGCAAAUAUGCAACCAAGACUUCAUACUUGCACUUUCUAAAUUAUCAAACUUAUCUCCAUCACUUACUACUGAAUGUUCAUUAAUUAAUAUGGCUAAAUUGAAAUAUAAUGAAAUUUGA